AUGAACAUAUUCUCAUCAGUUUAUGCUGAUCAAACUGGUGAACUUUAUCAAUAUUUAAUGUCAAACUAUAAUAAAAAUGUUCGACCAGUAAAAAAUAAUUCUGAUAUUGUUACUGUUAAAGUUGGUCUUAAACUUAUUCAAAUCGCUGAUGUAGAUGAAAAGAAUCAAAUAAUGCAGACUCAUGUCUAUGUUCUUCAUAAAUGGCAUGAUUCUAGUUUUGAAUGGUUACCAGGAGAUUUUGGUGAAGUAGAAUAUAUACAUAUACCAAAUGAUUUAAUAUGGAAGCCAGAUCUUGUUCUAUAUAAUAAUGCUGAUGGAAAUUAUCAAAUAACAUCAAGUUCAAAAGCACAAAUUCGAUAUGAUGGAACUGUUCAAUGGAAUCCACCAAUGAUCUAUAAAUCAUAUUGUGAAAUUGAUAUUCAAUAUUAUCCAUUUGAUAUUCAAAAUUGUACACUUAAAUUUGGUACAUGGACUUAUUCGGGUUCACUUGUUAAUUUACAAUUUUUAACUGAUAAUCAAUCAGUCAUUUUUGAACGUGGUUGGGAUCUUGAAGAUUAUACACCUUCAAUUGAAUGGGAAAUUUUAAAUCUUCGAGCAAUUCGACAUGAAAUAGUCUAUUCAUGUUGUACUGAAGUUUAUCUUGAUUUAACAUUUACAUGUACAAUUAAACGAAAACCAUUAUUCUAUAUCGUUAAUUUAAUUGUGCCAUGUGUAAAUAUUUCUGUUCUAGCUGUAUUAGUUUUUCUUUUACCAUCUGAUAGUCGAAAAAAAAUUACAUUAUCUAUAUCAAUUCUUGUAGCAUUAUUAGUAUUUUAUUUAUUACUUAUUGAACUUAUUCCUCCAAUAUCAUUAGUUAUACCAUUACUUGGAAAAUAUCUUCUAUUUACACUUGUUCUUGUUCAUUUAUCUAUUAUUAUUACAAUUAUAAUACUUAAUACACAUUUUCGUCGUCAUCCAACAACACAUAUGUCAUCAUGGUUAAGAAAAAUGCUUUUAGUUUACUUACCAAAACUUCUUUUGAUGAAAAGACCAAAUAUACCAACAAGACAUAUAUAUAGAAAAGAAAACUCAAAUUCAAUUCAGCAAAAUCAACCUUUAAGAUAUCAAUGGAAAGAUGAACAACGAAGACGUGUUCUAAAAAUGACAGCUGAUCAUGUUGCUUAUAUUGCAAAACAAAUUGAAAAUGCCCAAAUUGAAAAAGAAAUCGUCGAAGAAUGGCGUUUUAUUGCUUUAAUACUCGAUCGUUUUUUUCUAAUUAUUUUUGUUUCUGUUAGUCUCAUUGGUACACUUGGGUCAUUACUUAAAGCUCCAUCUUUAUAUAAGUCUAAUCCACCAGUUAAUCCAAAUUGUUAUUUAUACUAUCCACCUAUAAAUAAUUCUCAAUGGUUAAAAACAUGUGGUACAAAUUAUUCGUCAAUAAAUACAAAUGAACAACUUCAAAUAAGUACUUCUAUUGGUAAUAUUUAA